AUGUAUUUGUUCCUACCAGAAAAGCAAAUAGAAAAUAUUAAUGAGGAUAUAUCUGAUGUUGAAGAAUUUCAAUAUGACCAAGUAGAUCCUGAAUUCGAACAAGAAUCAGAAGCAGAGUUAUUAGUAGAAGAACUGAUUAACAAUGAAGAAUUGAUUGAUGAUGAUGAAGAAAUUCCAGAAACUGCAU